AUGGACUACAUAUCCAGUUUUGAUAUUAGGCUCAAUAAGGUUAGUUCUUCCCACAAAUCUAGUUUGGCUGCAAAAAAAACACGCAAACUCCUUUCUUUCUCAGGAUGUCUACUACGCUGGCGAGACAAUCAGUGGGAGCGUUCUUCUGGAAAACACGGAGAACAUCAAGAUACGUGGCAUCCGAGUGCUGCUCAGAGGAAAAGUACAUGCUACGUUGAAAGUGGUAAAGUCGGGAGAACGGCGCACUCUGAAGGACGACCAGUACGUGCUCGAUGAGAAGCAGCUGCUCUGGGGAAAAGGUAUUGAGUGACAUUGAGUGUUCCCAAACAUGACCACUUUCAGACAAGAACGACGAGUCCGACAGCGUGCCGAUCUUGGCUCGCGGGGUUCAUCAGUUCUCCUUCAAUUUCGAUCUCCCGCAAUCGGCUCUGCCGUGCUCAUUGGAAAGCAGACAUUGUACUAUUCGAUAUUAUUUCAAGGUACGAAUAACAAUCAGAACACUCCGACCGAGUUCCAGUUCAGGUGAUAAUUGAUAUUCCGUACGCGUCUUCUCCACAGGGAAUCAAAUAUUUCACAAUCAUCGGACCACAUAUCGACAGUAUGGAAGAGAAGUACCUGAGUCCGUUGACCGCACAGGACCGCAAGGUCACUUGCUGCUGGUGCUGCCAACGCGGAGCUCUCGCCCUGCGAAUCGUGCUCGAACGGACUGCCUACGUGUGCGGAGAGAACAUCCGUGUGCGCGCUCAGAUCGAGAACAGACAGUCGACGGCGCAAAGCCUUGUGAUCCGUCUUGUGCAGCACGUCGAAGUGUUUGUCGAGAAGGGGCUGCUCGGGGAGAACAAGAUGAUGUCAUGCGUGGUGUUCGAGCACAAGUGAGUCCCUUCCACGGAGUGACAUCACCUGUCAGAUCCCUGCAUUUCCAGAUCUCCCUCCAUUGCUGCCAACUCGCAGGGCAAGUACGAUUCGACGCUCGAGCAGCCGAUCCGACUGCCAGUCGUUCCCCCGACCCUCGUGGGCGUCUGCCGUCUCAUCCAGAUCUACUACGUCCUGCGAGUGUGCAUGGAGGACGAGAAGGGAAACGAGUGCCUUCAUCUGGAUUUCCCGCUCACAGUGGCCACUCUUCCCUACCGUAUACCGAAUGUUCCACCACCACCAGUUGAUUACGGUAUCAAGACGGUAUCGUGACCGAAUCUAAACUCGUUUUUUGCAGACUUCUGUUCAAACCACGUGGAAGGGGGAAAGUACGUAUCGCCAGAAUUCCGAUUGGGGCAAGUGUAUGACGGAGAAGGAGAGGAAAUCAACAAGGAGGAGGAGGUGAGCAAUGAAAAAACGAGAUGCACAACGAAAUGGAGCUAAUUUUAGAUUGUGCUUUACCGACCGGUUUAUGUGAAGUUGGCUGAUAGACGUAUCGGGUCGCCACACGUGUCAAAGGACUUCAGAUCAGGAUCGGUAAGCAGUUCCCUCCAUCCUUCCUUCCUUCUCAUCGCAUUCUUUUGUAUGAAACACGUGAUUUCAUAAUGAAUAACCGUCUCAAAACAACUUAUCGUCUGUAUUAAUAUUGGUUGCCCACAUAAGUCUCUUAUGCUCAUAAUCGCCUUUUUCAGUUCACACGGAUCGCGGAUUCCUCGCUGGCUCUGGUCACGGAACCGAACGGUUCCCGCCGGCGGAGCAUCGUGAUCGCAUCGAAUCCGUGCUUGGCGAUGAGGGACGAGUCGAUGGACGAGAAGCUGAUGAUUACCGGAAUGAACGGAAGCAAUUCGGAGGGAGAGCCCCUCGUCGCAUGA